UCUGAUCGUCGGCGUAUGGGCAUCUUCAGUGAGCAACUAGCCCACUGAGAGGUCCAAAAUGGUGUGGAAAUUUGGACUUCUUUGUUUAUUGGCGACCGUCGUCUUCGCCCAGGAUGACUACGGACGCAGUGGCCUAGCCAGCGCCAUUGCGAAUGCCGAAGCUCUUGCCAACGGCUACGGAGGCGGCAGUGCAAGCGCUGACGCAGAAGCGAACGCUAUAGCCAACGGACUCGGAGGAGGCAGUGCCAGCGCCAACGCUCUUGCCAACGCUCUAGCUAACGGAGGAUUCGGAGGAGCUAACGCCAAUGCCAAUGCUCUUGCAAACGCCUUGGCAAAUGGAGGAGCUGGAGGAGCGAGUGCGGAUGCCAUCGCCAACGCAUUAGCCAAUGGAGGCGCUGGAAGCGCCAGCGCCAAUGCUCUAGCUAACGCUUUAGCUAAUGGAGGUGCAGGCGGAGCUAGUGCCAAUGCUCUCGCUAACGCCUUAGCCAAUGGAGGUGCUGGAGGAGCCAGCGCGGACGCGAUCGCCAAUGCCCUGGCUAACGGUGGUGCUGGUAGCGCUAAUGCUCAAGCUAUUGCCGAUGCUAUCGCCAAUGGAGCUGGUGGCAGCGCCAGUGCCGACGCUAUAGCCAACGCUUUAGCCAACGGAGGUAUCAGAGGAGCCAGCGCUGAUGCCAUAGCUCAAGCCCUUGCUAACGCCGGAGCUGGAGGCAGUGCUAGUGCCGAUGCUAUUGCUAAUGCGCUCGCUAAUGGAGGUGCUGGUGGUGCAAGUGCGGACGCAAUUGCCCAAGCUCUCGCAAACGCUGCAGGUGGUAGCGCUAGCGCUGAUGCCAUCGCGAACGCUCUCGCUGGAGGUGCUGGCGGUAGCGCUCAAGCUCAAGCUCUUGCCCAAGCUCUUGCUAAUGGCGCAGGUGGCAGCGCAAGCGCCGACGCUAUUGCUAAUGCCCUCGCCAAUGGAGGCGCCGGUAGCGCUAGCGCUCAAGCCCUCGCCCAGGCUCUCGCCAACGGUGCCGGCGGUAGCGCCAGUGCUGAUGCCAUUGCCAACGCUUUAGCCAACGGAGGAGCUGGUAGCGCUAACGCUCAAGCCCUCGCCCAAGCUCUUGCCAACGGUGCAGGCGGUAGCGCCAGUGCUGAUGCCAUUGCCAACGCUUUAGCCAACGGUGGAGCUGGUGGCGCUAAUGCCCAAGCCAUAGCUCAGGCCCUCGCUAACGCUGCAGGAGGCAGUGCUAGCGCCGACGCUAUUGCCAACGCUCUUGCCAACGGAGGUGCCGGAGGAGCCAGUGCUGAAGCCAUCGCCCAAGCCCUUGCGAACGCCGGAGCUGGAGGCAGCGCCAGUGCCGAUGCUAUUGCUAAUGCCCUUGCUAACGGUGGAGGCAGUGCAAGCGCUGAUGCUAUUGCUAAUGCCCUAGCCAGUGGAGGAGCCGGCGGCAGCGCCCAAGCCCAAGCCAUUGCCCAAGCUCUCGCCAACGCCGCCGGCGGCAGCGCUAGCGCUCAAGCCAUGGCCCAAGCUCUCGCUGACGCUGAACCUGGCAGUGCUAGUGCCUCAGCCCUAGCCCAAGCUCUCGCAAACGCCGCAGGAGGCAGUGCUCAAGCUCAAGCUCUAGCUCAAGCUCUCGCUAAUACUAGAGGCGGUGGCGCUAGCGCCAGUGCUCAAGCCCUCGCCCAAGCUCUCGUUAACGCCGCUGGAGGUACCUCAAGUGCCCAAGCCAUGGCCCAAGCCCUCGCAAACGCUGAACCCGGUAGUGCUCAAGCUUCAGCUCUAGCACAAGCUCUCGCUAAUGCUGCAGGUGGAACCGCUGAUGCUCAAGCUCUUGCGAACGCACUUGCGAACUCUAGAACAGGUGGUGGUGCUAGCGCUAGCGCUCAAGCUCUCGCUCAAGCCCUCGCUAACGCUGCAGGCGGCAGUGCUACCGCUCAAGCUAUGGCUCAAGCCCUAGCUGAUGCUGACACCGGUAGCGCAAGCGCUCAAGCUUUGGCCCAAGCUCUCGUAAGUGCUGCAGGCGGUAGUGCUCAAGCACAAGCUAUUGCCCAAGCUCUUGCAAACACACGAGGUGGUGGCGGUAGCGCUUCAGCUCUAGCUGAAGCGUUAGCGAGCGCCGUUGGUGGUAGCGCAAGCGCCCAAGCGGUCGCACAGGCCCUCGCAAGUGCCGCAGGAGGCAGCGCGCAAGCGCAAGCCCUUGCUCAAGCAACUGCAAGCGCUGCCCCCGGCAGUGCAAGCGCCCAAGCUCUCGCUCAAGCUCUAGCUAGCGCUGCAGGCGGCAGUGCCACGGCCCAAGCCCUCGCCUCCGCCCUAGCCAACGCUGGCGGCGCCAGUGCUAGCGCCCAAGCUAUUGCCAAUGCCCUUGCUAUUGGAGGCAGUGCCGAUGCUUCUGCUAUUGCAAAUGCAAACGCGCACGCAACCGGAUUCAUACCUCCUCCUCCACCGGCUCAAUGCUCAUACAACGGCCAGAUGAUAGUGAGAGUAGUCCCUGGUACCGAGAAAUACGUUCCCUGCCCCGCUGUUGAGGUCUGCGGAUGCUUCCAGACCCCAAUUGGUGGACUCUAUCUGAGCUGCCGACGAUGCCCCGGUUGUGUUCCUCGUGAUCCGAGACACGCUUCACUACCAACAAUUUUGCCCAUUAGUCCAUUUUUACCAGUACCACCUGGCCCAGCACCUCGUCCAAAACCAGUUCCCAUUCCGAUUCCGGAUGUAAUACCGUUUCCGAGACCGAUUCCAGGGCCCACCCCGAUCCCCAUACCGAUACCAAGACCGACCCCAAUACCGUGGUGCCCACCACCAACCGUGAUCCCUGGCCCGCCACGACCAUACCCAGUACCAGUCCCAGUUCCGAGCAAACCCGUCGUUAUCCCGGUACCAGUCCCGGUCCCAUCUCCGCCGAAGAAGAUCUACGUUCCUGGCCCAGUAGUGAGGGUCCCGGUUCCAGUGAGAGUACCCGUGCCAGUACCGCAGCCCUACCCAGUACCAUCCCCACCUAAGAUCAUCAGAGUCCCAUACCCUGUACCAGGCCCAGUUGAAAAGAUAUACGUGAAAGUCCCGGUACCUUCCCCGCCCAUCAGAAUACCGGUCUUCGUCCCUGGUCCAGAGAGGGAUGUUCCCGUACCUGUACCAGUACCGUCACCCCCGGUCCGCGUUCCGUACCCGGUCAACAGAUAUAUCACAGUUCCUGGCCCAAGAGUGCUUGUUCCUGUACCUGUUCCAGUGAUCAGAAACAAAGUCUUCCCGGUACCCGUCGUCAUAUACGUAGCCCCUGAAUGCAGGUCCCACGAACCGAACAUACCAUUCCCGAAACCUGGCGAUUCUUGCGUGAUCCUCACCUGCCGCGUCAAAUACAACUACAUUUACAUCGAGAGCUCCAGAAUCCCUGGCUGUGGAAUUCCAGUCCCACCCCCACCGCCACCACCAACUCCAAUAUGGAUCCCUACUGAGGCUCAAGCUCAAGCUCAAGCCCAAGCUCAAGCUCAGGCUCAAGGAGGCGGAUGGGGAAGCAGCUCAGCAGAAGCUCAGGCUCAAGCGCAGGCUCUAACCAACGGUUACGGUGGUUUGGCUGACGCUCAAGCUCAAGCCCAAGCUCAGGCUCUAACUGCUGGGCUCGGAGGCGGCUCCGCUGACGCUCAGGCACAGGCUCAGGCUCUAGCUCAAGGUCUCGGAGGUGCCGGAGGUUCAGCUCAAGCUCAAGCUCAAGCAUUAGCUCAAGCCCUAGGUUUAGGUGGCGGAGCGGCUGACGCUCAAGCUCAGGCACAGGCUCUUGCUCAAGGUCUUGGAGGUGCUGGAGGUUCAGCUCAAGCUCAAGCUCAAGCAUUAGCUCAAGCCCUAGGUUUAGGUGGCGGAGCAGCUGACGCUCAAGCUCAGGCACAGGCUCUUGCUCAAGGUAUUGGAGGUGCUGGAGGUUCAGCUCAAGCUCAAGCUCAAGCAUUAGCUCAAGCCCUAGGUUUAGGUGGCGGAGCAGCUGACGCUCAAGCUCAGGCACAGGCUCUUGCUCAAGGUCUUGGAGGUGCCGGAGGUUCGGCCCAAGCCCAAGCACAAGCACUAGCUCAAGCCCUAGGUUUAGGUGGUGGUGCCGCUGACGCUCAAGCCCAGGCUCAAGCUCUAGCUAACGGACUUGGAGGCGGUGAUGCUCAAGCUCAGGCCCAGGCUCAGGCUCAAGCAGCUGGACUACAAGGCGGAUGGGGUGGAGCUGAUGCUCAAGCCCAAGCCCAAGCUCAAGCUCAAACUCAAGCUCAAGGCUUAUUAGGAGGUUGGGGAGGAGGCGCGUCGCAAGCUCAAUCGCAGGCUCAGGCCCAAUCUCAAGCGGCAGCUCUCGCGCAAGCUUUAGCUCAAGCUCAAGCUCAAGCUCAAGGCAUAAACAGAGACGGAAACUAAGAGAAAACUCAACAAAUGAUAACUAAGGAUCAAUCUAUCAACACAACGACAACAAGCAAGGUAGUUAAGUUAAGCAUUGUAAAAAUAGACUAAGCACACCUCUUUUUAAUAAAAUCUAGUGGGAUUCAA